UAUCUUGAUUUUGUUAGGUGUGCUUACGUCGCCGAGACUUCAAUUUGCAAUGCCAUUCAUUCCUGUCCAAAUCUCCAACAUCUCAACCUUAGUUUUUGUGGAAUUACUGAUGUAACUAUCAAAGAAAUUUCUCGUUCGUGUCUUUAUUUAAAAUAUCUUAAUCUGGAGGGGUGUGCUAAUAUUACUAAAGAAGCCAUAGAUCAGCUCGUUUCACUUAAUCCAAAUAUCCAUAUCAAGAAUUUCGUGGAUACUUUAUCGCCCCCUGAUCUCAUUGGGGUAGUUAUAAAUCAUCUUACACAGAACAACAUUGCUAGUAGACAGACUUUAGCUCAGAGAAUUUUAGAUCUAAGUAUGCGAGAUAAUUUGCAGUGGUAUUCCGAUCCAGGGUUGGCUAGAUCUAUAGUCCAGAGUGACGAUCAUUAG